AUGGCAGGAGUUGGCAAGAGGGCUGUUGAUGAUUUUGAGGAUCUGCUGCCAGAGAUGGCUGACAAGCUUGGCGGGGAGGGCCUGAUCAGAGAGCUGUGCAAUGGGUUCCAGCUGCUGAUGGACAAGGACAAAGGGGUCAUUACAUUGGAGAGCUUGAGGAGCAACUCUGCUCUUCUUGGUCUGCAGAAUUUGAGAGAAGAUGAGCUUGUGAGCAUGAUGAGGGAAGGUGACAUGGAUGGCGAUGGAGCUCUCAACCAGAUGGAGUUUUGCGUUCUGAUGUUCAGACUCAGCCCUGAGUUGAUGGAGGAAUCUUGGAUUUGGCUUGAACAAGCGAUGCAGGGGGAGCAAGAUAAUAAGAGACGUCAAUCUUGA